CUCGCGAGUAUCUGGCGGCUCAACAGUGAUCGCGCGCGAACAGUAACGUACAGCUAUACUGAGAUAAUCAGAAAACUGUUUUCGCGUCGGGUUGAUCUUCUUCGAGCUCGGUGUUUAAAACGAUGGACAUGUUGGACAUGUUAUUACAACAAACAGACUGUCGACAUUCCGAGAGAGAGGCAUAUUACAACUACCUCACUAACUUUCCUCCAAGACAAGAGUCAGGAUGCUACAGUGAGGUGAAUAUCUUGGUUCUAAGUGAGGUUACUACCAAAUCUGUCUCUAUGAAACUGCGGCGCAACACAGUCCUGAGAAGCCGAAGGCGUCAACAGCGAGAACAUGUGAAGGACCCUGAGAGCAUCUGUGUGGUGUUGAGUGACAAUGACUCUAGCCAGUCAGAGAGUGUGGAGGAAAUAAAAGACCAUGUGUCUGUUAUUCAUGAUAUGAAGCGGCCAGUAAGGAAGAGUAGAGCUGGUGCAUCAUGUCGAGCGAGAAAAGAAGACGAGAGACUUCUUUCUCUUGUGGAACCACAACAUGGAGUGGUUCAGAAGAUCUCCUUGGCUCCAGAUGCAAUGGCUGAGGACACUCUAGAGAAACUCAGGUUGAGGGCUAAUACUUCUGAGACUGAGGUUGAGUCUCGGGUAGAGCUUGAGUCUGUUUUGGAAGAAUCCAGUACCGAUCUCACAGUGGAAUCGGGUCCCAGCUCGCCCUCUUGUCCUGUUGAUACUGUAAGAUGCAGAGAAUGCCGGAGACUUUUCGCCAAGAUGAGAAAACAGCCGACCCCAAAACAGAAAAGCAGAGAUACAAAUCCAGCAUCUUUAUCUUGUGAUGUGUGGGUUCUGCUUAAGAAGUGGCACCCUCAGAGACUCCGCCAUCGGGAGAAGGGAUUAUUGUGGACAAGCCUGAGUCGUAUCAGGAAGCUGUUAGCAGGAGGCUCUGAUUCUGCAGUCGUCAACAGAAUUCAAGCAAACUGCUCCAGACCUCAUGUGUUUCAGCAGAGGAAUUUGCGUCGCUGCAAGGAUCUGCUCUCCGUUCAGACCAACCUGUCCAUUACCAAAGCCAAACCACGGCAUCGUAAGAGGUCACGAUCUGUGGUCUGGCCGCCCGUUGCUGGCUGGCAAUUUUCUGUGAAAAGGAAGCCUUCCUUGAACAGCACAUUAUCUCAGCAGCUUUAUCCACUCGACCUUAGUGUCCGUGUGAAGCAGAAGGACAAACUUCUUGUAGAUGACAAGAUUUCAAGAUUAAAUGCAGAUUUGAAGCAGAACUCGAAUGUCUCUAGCAAACAGAGGACGACUAAUGUCCGGGGUAAAUCGAACAAGCAGGAAGUGUCUGAUGGCAUAGAUGGAACACGGCGGGUGCUGAAGUUUGAUGACACCCCUGAAACUGUUGCUGUGGAAACUACGGAACAGAGGAAAAGCCCUCGGCAGAAGCACAAGCGUGGAGAGAUUCGAGAAGCUCAGAAUGGUUUCCAGAAUGAGCAGCAGGAAGAGAUUUCUGAGGAUUCGGAUGGGUUCAGGACGCCCACAGAUCUGUUCAGCGUGAAGCCCGAGAUUAAACGAGGGAACCAGAAGAAAGUCUCUGCCUCUGGUAAACCUGCCGUACAGAAGCCCAACUUCAUGUCCAUGUUAGCCACACUGGUGAAGAAUCAGAACCAGAUUAUUAAGGAAUCCUGCAAAUGAGUCUUUAUUGAAGUUUUGUAAUUCUGGUAGUCGUUCAAGUUUUGCUAAUUCUGUUUAU